AUGGGUUAUACUCCCUGCACAACCUGGGUCUGCCUUCUUCUCCAGCAGCCUAUUCACCUGUCACCAUCUGUCCCUGUCCCCAUCCCCCCUCUCCCACUGGCUUUCGGUGUCUUUAGCUCACUUCUCUCUCUGUCUCUCACCUGUAGGCCUUUGCAGGCGGGACCCGACCGGAAGCAAACUUUUAGGCAACAACAUUUCCUCCAGUUCCUCUCCUCUUCCCCACCAGGGUCCUCAGCCACACACCCCGAGCCCUGCCUGCGGGCCCAGCCCCCCCAUUUCCGGAGCCUGCGCCCCGGACCCAGCGGGGGCCGAUCCCUGGGAAAGGCCUGGCUUCCUUUUCCUUCCUGUCCCUGCCCCACCUCCGCCGGGCUCCACAGCCGCCGGGAGUCCAGGGCCGAGACGGGAGGAGGGUACCCACCUGGUCGGUGUCACAUGCUGCUUCGGCCCCAGCGUCCCCUCCAGGUCCCGGCGCCGGCCGCAGUCCCCAGCGCCGUCCCCAGCGCAGGCCCGGCCGCCCCACCCGCGGCCCGCCCCUGGCCGCCCGACGGGAGGGAGGGAUCGGGUUCUCCUAGGAAGUUUCAGUCUCGGAUAUGUCUUUAUCAGGAGUAUGAAAACGGACUAAUACAGUAAAUUGGUACCAGUGGAGUGGGGCGCUACUGAAAAGAUACCUGAAAAUGUGGAAGUGACUUUGGAACUGGGUAACAGGCAGCGAUUGAAACAGUUUGGAGGGCUCAGAAGAAGACAAGAAAAUGUGGGAAAGUUUGGAACUUCCUAAAGACUUAUUGAAUGGCUUUGACAAAAAUGCUGAUACUGAUAUGGACAAUAAGGUCCAGGCUGAGGUGGUCUCAGAUGGAGAUGAGGAACUUGUAGGGAACUGGAGCAAAGAUGACUGUUGUUAUGUUUUAGCAAAGAGACUGGUGGCAUUUUGCCCUGCCAUAGAGAUUUGUGGAACUUUGAACUUGAGAGAGAUGAUUUAGGGUAUCUGGCGGAAGAAAUUUCUAAGCAGCAAAACAUUCAAGAGGUGAUUUGGGUGCUGUUAAAAGCAUUUCAUUUUAAAAGGGAAACAGCAUAAAAGUUUGGAAAAUUUGCAGCCAAUUGAUGCGGCAGAAGAGAGAAACCUGUUUUUUGAGAAGAAAUUCAAGCUGGCUGCAGAAAUUUGCAUAAGUUACAUGGAGCUGAAUGUUAAUCUCCAAGACAAUGGGGAAAAUGUCUCCAGGGCAUGUCACAGGUCUUCAUGGAAGCCCCUCCCAUCACAGACCCUGAAGACUAGGAGGAAAAAAUGGUUUUGUGGGCCAGGCCCAGGGUCCCCAUGCUGUGUGCAGCCUAGGGACUUGGUGCCCUGCAUCCUAGCUGCUCCAGCCAUUGCUGAAAGGGCCAAGGUACAGCUCUGCCCAUGGUUUCAGAGGGUGCAAGCCUCAAACCUUGGCAGCUUCCCUGUGGUGUGAGCCUGCAGGUGCAUGGAAGUCAAGAAUUGAGGUUUGGGAACCUCCACCUAGAUUUCAGAAGAUGUAUGGAAUCGCCUGGAUGCCCAGGCAAAAGUUUGCUCCAGGGGCAGGGCCCUCUUGGAGAACCUCUGCUAAGGCAGUGUGAAGGGAAAUGUGGGGUUGGAGCCCCUACACAGAAUCCCUACUGGGGCACCACCUAGUGGAGCUGUGCGAAGAGGGCCACCGUCCUCCAGACCCCAGAAUGGUAGAUCCACCGACAGCUUGUACUGUGCACCUGGAAAAGCCGCAGACCCUCAACGCCAGCCCGUGAAAGCAGCCAGGAGCAGGAGCUAUACCCUGCGAAGCCACAGGGGCAGAGCUGCCCAAGACUAUGGGAACCUACCUCUUGCAUCAGUGUGACCUGGAUGUGAGGCAUGGAGUCAGAGGCGAUCAUUUUGGAACGUUGUAAUUUGACUGCCUCGCUGGAUUUUGGACUUGGCAUGGGGCCUGUAACACCUUUGUUUUGGGCAGUUUCUCCCAUUUGUAAUGGCUGUAUUUCCCCAAACCUGUACCCCCAUUGUAUGUAGGAAGUAACUAGCUUGCUUUUGAUUUUACAGGAUCAUGGGUGGAAGGGACUUGCCUUGUCUCAGAUGAGACUGGACUAUGGACUUUUGGGUUAAUGCUGAGAUGAGUAAGACUUUGGGGGACUGUUUGGAAGGCAUGAUUGGUUUUGAAAUGUGCGAACAUGAGAUUUGGAGGGGCCAGGGGCAGAAUGAUAUGGUUUGGCUGUGGCCCCACCCAAAUCUCAACUUGAAUUGUUAUCUCCCAGAAUUCCCAGGUGUUGUUGGAGGGACCCAGGGGGAGGUAACUGAAUCAUGGGGGCCGGUCUUUCCCAUGCUAUUCUUGUGAUAGUGAAUAAGUCUCAGGAGAUCUGAUGGGUUUAUCAGGGGUUUCUGCUUUUGUUUCUCUCUCAUUUUCUCUUGCCGCUGCCAUAUAAGAAGUGCCUUUUGCCUUCCACCGUGAUUCUGAGGCCUCCCCCGCCAUGUGCAACUGUAAGUCCAAUUAAACCUCUUUUUCUCCCCAGUCUCGGGUAUGUCUUUAUCAGCAGUGUGAAAAUGGACUAACACGAUCACCUUCUUCUUUGUUCUCCUAUUUCAUCUCUAAUUUUUUUUGGCAUUUGGGGGGUGCUAUACAUUUCAAAAGUUGAGGACUCACUAAUUCUACUACUCACUGUAUAUCAAGGUAAUCUGUCAGGGGUUUGGUUUUAUAUAAGAAACAAAUGAGUCCCCAGAACAUACAAGUUAAGAUUAUUCAAUCAAGGGAGGCAGUCGUUACCCUUUAACCUCUGAAAGAAAACUGCAGGUAGGCAUCAAACUAACCCUGAGAUAGGAGAGAGUAGAAAUUCCCACACCCAGUGAAUUGUAGGACAUUAGGUAAUUAUUGAUGGGAAGUAUAUUUGAGUGGGGAACUGAAUUUCAACUGACUUUUAUCCUUGAAGAUGGUGCUUCUAUUUUCUCAAGUUAGAAGGUUAUGAAAAUUGCAUCUGAACAACAAGUUGUAUUAGCAUAAGUUCUAGAAGAAACUGAGAAAGCAAGGCUAGUCUGAUGAAAAUUUAUACCGCUCUCAUUUCCCUUCUGAAUUGGAGAAUAGAAUUGAAUAGCAAAAUUGUAACCUACCUUUCAAAGAUGCAUUGUAUAGUGAAGUAUAUUUUGUGAACUUUCAUAUCUUCUUAUUUUUCUAUUGCCCUAUUUUAAAAUCUAUCUUGAAUUUAUUAAAUGUAUAUGUCUCUGUUUAUA